CCCACCACGACGACAACAAGAAUAAUACACAUCUUCAUCUUAUUGCAUGCCAGUGAUGGUAUCCUCGCAUUCUGAUCAUGUCCCAAGGAGACACAGCCCCUCGCCGGAUCCAAUUCUCUAGUUGCGAUGAAUGUCGAAAAUCUCGCGUCGCUUGUGAUGCUGGUCGAGCUCGUCGGAACCGACAGGAUCCCCAGGAAUUACUCUACUGUACACGUUGUACAAACCGGAAGCUACAAUGUACUUUCGAGUGGAUGAAAUCUGGCCCUUCUCGUUCCUCCACAGCCCACGCGGAGCCCCGGAGGAGAUCCAAAAAGGCACGACUUCGCACCUCCUCCAUAACCGAUCCACCCACAGACUCCGUCCAGAGCUCUGGUCCAAGUGAUGUCGAGAGAAGCUAUGAUUGGGCCUGGCCUGGCGAUGCCCAGGAGCCUCUUGCUUCUCAGCUGACCUCCACUACCGAAGAAAUCAUAUCUCACCCCGAAAUCGAAUGGCUUCAAACCGUCUAUGAACGAGGAUGGGAAGCCGUCUUUGGAUCCUGGAUUGGCAGGAACAGCAAUCCCUUUGCGUUUGGCGACCAGAGUCUGCUAGACGUGGUUCAUGUUUGCCGACUCUGUGGCCAACUUGACAAAUGGAUUGCUAAUGGCGAUGACCCUUCUGCCGGCGCCAUUAUAGACUUUGGAGCCUCGCCCACCUCUUCCAAGCACGAUACCGACUUGCAGAUUGAUCGUUACCUCGAGUACACUAUCCAGGCCUUUGCUGCAAGAUGGCUGCCGUUGGCAUCCAACACAACAACCCCUUCCACAGCCUGUUCCGAAGCUGUGAGAUCUCUCUGGAGACGCGCACACCGAAAUCUUCUCAAGAUCAUCAACCGCCCCUGCUACAGAUCCAUGUUGACCUUGCUUCUGUUCGCCCUUACCCCGAUCCCAGUUGGAAUUUCUGAAGAUGAAGAACUUGACGGCGUUUCUGGCCAAGUCUGCGUCCACGCCGCCUUGCAACAAAUCCAGACAUUGAGAGCUCGUUCUAGGAGCCUUCAAUUCAACGGUACACGCGUCAACCUCGCCGCCCCGGUCCGCAACACUGCGACCAGCCCUUCCUCAAUAGGCUCUUCCAAUUUUAUCAUUGCCGAAAGUGCUGCCUACUGGGCUGCCUUGACUUUCGACACUUCUGCUUCCCUGACACUCAGUUGCAGGCCCCUCUUAUCCUCAGGUCUCUUUGGAUACGAAUGCGAACCGUCGUGGCGCAUGAUUAGGACCUGUAGAGAGAUCUUUCGAGACAUGACAAAGACCUGGCACGAUUCAGCCUUUGAACUUACUACUGAAAAGGCAAAUCAAAUCGUUGCGGCCGGUGCGGCAUGGAAACUUCUUGUUUGGAAGUUGACCGCCAAUCUAAAAGAGUCUCUCCGUGAUGGCCACACGGAGAUCGAGGUCAGCAAGGCUUUCAAUGCUGUGUCCGAUGCCAUCGACCAAUUCAACGAUACAUAUCGAGAUUUGCUCACGGCUUGCCAAACUCGAAUCCAAUUCUUUAGUCAAGAGACGAAAUUACGCUGGUAUGGUCUCAUGCUGCAUCUGAACCUGUGUAUUUUGAUGGUAUCAGAUAUGCUAAUAGCAACCAACCGAGACGAUCUCUUGCUACUGUUCUCAGCCAAGAGUGUCAAUGCCGAAAGUUGGGUUAUGAACUGUUUGGUAUUUGGUUUGAGCAACAAGUACACCUUGCAGCUCCCGGCGGGAUUCACUGCGACAGCUUCCAAGUCUGACACUGUCACCGUCCCAUUGGUUGCCAUUGAUCCCUAUGCUCACCAUGUGGUGGCAGCAGUCAAGCUUAUGCAACAAGCGAUCGACAGGGAUCUUCGAGCAGGGAAAAUCGGUUCCGAUGCGUAUAGCGACAUGCUCACGACUUUGAUGCAGACCUUGGAACAUCUACCCCAAUGCUCCAAGUCGGUGCAAUCGGCUCGAGCAGACUUUGCAACUGCUGGUGUACCUCCUUUGGCACCUUACCCUUAA